UCUGCUAAUUAAUUAAUGUACCCUAACCUAACUGCGGGGCUGGCUCCCUCCAUUGUACAGGAGCAGCUCUCAGCUGGCUGCAGUGGUAAACGCCUGUGGGAUUUCUUUCAUCUGGUUCCUGCAAUGUUUUUUUUAUUAUUAUUUUUUUGGUAGAGAAGCAACAGAUCCAGGAGCAGAGAAAUAGACAGCUGUGGAUGCUCUUCAGCAGCAUAUAUUAAUCAUCUUUAGGGGCCAUUGUGGUCCUGUCCUGUGAACGGCGCCAGUGCAGGCAGGCAGACAGAGAGAGAAGAAGACAUCAGGAGGGAAGACAGGACGAGGUGGGGUGGGCAGGGUGGCUGCAGGGAGAAAGAGUGGGAGAGAAUGGUCGGGGAACAGCCCGUGUGCCCACCUCAGCUCCUUCUGCGGGGCUGGGGAGCAGUGCUGCUGUCUCAGUGCUUGUCCUCUGUGUUCUCCCAGAUUCCGGAUCCGGAGCUUUUACCCACAGAUCCCCCGAAGAAGCCGGACCCUGUCACUUCAGAGACUGUCGUUUUCUGGGGGCUGCGGUUAUGGCAGGUCAUCGGCAUAUUUUCAGUGUUUGUGCUGGCAGUUGUCAUCACUCUGUGCUGUAUAUUCAAAUGCCGAAUCCCGAGAACAAAAAAGGAAAUUGAGGCACGACACGCACAAAGACUGGCUGCCAAAAAAUACGCCAACACAUUGGAGACAGUGCCACCCCUGAAUGAGCUGACUGAGGUCCCAGGAUCUGCGAAACCAGAAGAAACAGCAGAAGUAUCAACCGUGUCUGGGAAGGUGGACGCAGAAAAGGGAGAAAAAAAGAGCAAAGAAGGCAAGAAAGAGACCAAGGGUGCCAAAGAAGGGAAAGGAAACGAUAAGGACGCGUCAACUAAGAAAAAGGGUGAAAAAGACGAAAAGGGAGGAUCCAAGAAAGAUGCUGGUGAUGGGAAAGGGAAGGGUGACAAAGGAGAGAAAGGGGAAAAAGGAGGCAAAGGAGGGGCUAAAGGUGGGGCCAAGAAAUCUCAAAAGUGAACUCUUACGUCCUGAAAAAAAAAGUUUUAUAUUUCUAACAUUCCGGAUGCAUUUUUUUAAAUGAAAAUUUGUAUACGUAUAUAUUUCAUAUAAAAACUUGUAAAUAAAUGUAAGAAAAUGUGUCAUCUUUGAGUCAAAAUCCAAAAAAAUAAAGAAAGAAAGAAUGAAAAAAAAAUGUGAAUACAGAUUUAUUGUCUUAUAAACAAAUUCACUGAUGAACACAAGAGAAUAGAAAACAUUUUAUGCAACAUUUACACUGAUAUGUACAAAAUGCCUGCGGCACAAUGAAACAAUAAGAUGAGAUGGCGAGAUGUGUGUGAAAACACAGCUCACACACCAAAGUUCAUACGAGGCUUGAGGAAUACAGUCAGUUUCACUGAGAACAUUUCAGCACAAGAAAAAUAAUUGACAUACAAUACGUUAUACUUCAAUGAGAGGUAUUUGAAACAUUGAUAUUAGCUCUAUGAUGAUUGGCCACGUAAUUUUCAAAACACAAACUACAGUUUUACAAGAUACAAUCAGAGCAGAAAACUCUAUCAAAGGGCAAUAAAGUGCUAAUGUAUAUUUUCCCAAGUGUUUUUGUGUGAAGAAAAAAAGAGUUUAAGUAAAGAAGACUUGUUGAUUUCAUUACAGAGUAAUAACAAAACUCUAUAAGGGUUCAUAAACUUGCCCAAACUCAAUUUCCACAGAACUGUGAGAUAAACAACAUAAUCCAGUUAAAUAAGAAAAAAAUAACAAAUAAAAAA